GGCCCGCUGCCGGUUCAUGGGGGGCCCUUGCGCAAGAUGGCGGCUGUACCUGAGGAGCCGGCUGAAGUGGUGGUGAAGCCGGACCCGGACGGGGGUGUCCUGCCGCAGCCCCCUCCGGCUCCCCCGCCCGCCGCUCCCCCCACCACGGCGCCGGCGGAGGGGGAGGCGGUGGCGGCUCCGGGGAGCGGAGGGGAGGCCGCUCCCUCCAAGCCGGCCCCCCCGGGUCCGGCCGCCUCUCCCGCCCCCACGGACCGGCAGACCCUCCUGGCCGUGCUCCAGUUCCUGCGUCGCAACAACCUCCACGAGUCCGAGGACAUCCUGCGCCGGGAGGCCCGGCUGCUGGGGGAGGAGGUGGCCGCCGUUGCCCUCAGCCCCGCGGGACCCGGCGCCCAGGGGACACCUGGUGGGGAGGCAGACGCCACCGGGGGUGAGGCGCUGCUCAGCCGGGUCGCCGCCGCCUCCGGAGCGGCCGGAGGGGGCGUCGCUGCUGGUGCCUCUGCGACUGCAGCGGCGCCGCCGGGGAAAGUUGGAGGUGUUCCUGUAGAAGAUCAGCCAGAUGUCAGUGCAGUGUUGUCUGCCUACAAACAGCAGGGGGACCCAGCGCUGUACGAGGAAUACUACAGUGGACUGAAGCACUUUAUUGAGUGUGCCCUAGACUGUCAUCGGGCUGAAUUAUCCCAGUUGUUUUAUCCUCUCUUUGUACAUAUGUAUUUGGAAUUGGUCUACAACCAGCAUGAGAAUGAAGCCAAGUCUUUCUUUGAAAAAUUUCAUGGGGAUCAAGAGUGUUAUUACCAGGAUGACCUGCGUGUAUUAUCUGGUUUAACCAAAAAGGAGCACAUGAAAGGGAACGAGACCAUGCUGGAUUUCCGAACAAGCAAAUUUGUGCUGCGCAUUUCUCGUGACUCUUAUCAACUCUUAAAGAGGCAUCUUCAGGAAAAACAGAACAAUCAAAUCUGGAACAUUGUUCAGGAGCAUCUGUACAUUGAUAUCUUUGAUGGAAUGCCGCGCAGUAAACAACAGAUAGAUGCUAUGGUGGGAAGCUUGGCAGGGGAGGCUAAAAGGGAGGCUAAUAAAGCAAAGGUUUUCUUUGGCUUAUUAAAAGAACCAGAGAUUGAGGUGCCUUUGGAUGAUGAAGAUGAAGAGGGGGAGAAUGAGGAAGGAAAACCAAAAAAGAAAAAACCUAAAAGAGAGAGCAUGGGAUCAAAAAGUAAAAAGCAAGACCCAAAUGCUCCUCCACAAACCAGAAUUCCUCUUCCUGAACUGAAAGACUCUGACAAGCUGGAUAAAAUAAUGAAUAUGAAGGAAGCCACAAAACGUGUGCGUCUUGGUCCAGAAUGUUUGCCUUCCAUCUGUUUCUACACAUUCCUUAAUGCCUACCAGGGUCUUACUGCAGUGGAUGUCACUGAUGACUCUAGCAUGAUUGUAGGAGGCUUUGCUGACUCCACUGUAAGAGUAUGGUCUGUGACACCAAAAAAGCUACGCAGCGUGAAAUCAGCAGCAGAUCUCGGUCUUAUAGACAAAGAAUCAGAUGAUGUCUUGGAGAGGAUCAUGGAUGAGAAAACAGCAAGUGAGUUGAAGAUUUUAUAUGGUCACAGUGGACCUGUCUAUGGUACCAGCUUCAGUCCUGAUAGGAACUACCUCUUGUCCUGUUCAGAGGAUGGCACUGUCAGAUUGUGGAGCCUUCAAACAUUCACUUGCCUGGUGGGAUAUAAAGGACACAACUAUCCAGUGUGGGAUACACAGUUCUCUCCCUAUGGAUAUUACUUUGUAUCAGGUGGACAUGACAGAGUGGCUCGCCUGUGGGCUACAGAUCACUAUCAGCCUUUACGAAUAUUUGCUGGUCAUCUUGCUGAUGUCACAUGUACCCGGUUUCACCCCAACUCCAACUAUAUUGCCACGGGCUCAGCAGACAGGACUGUACGACUAUGGGAUGUUCUGAAUGGGAACUGUGUAAGAAUCUUCACUGGACAUAAGGGACCAAUUCAUUCACUGGCAUUUUCUCCUAAUGGACGAUUCCUGGCUACCGGAGCAACAGAUGGAAGAGUGCUUCUCUGGGAUAUUGGCCAUGGUUUGAUGGUGGGAGAGUUGAAAGGGCACACUGAUACAGUCUACGCACUCAGAUUCAGUAGAGAUGGGGAAAUUUUAGCAUCAGGUAUGAGGCUUGUGCUUUUGUUCAUUGGAAAAAAAAUACUAGAAUAAUGAUGAUUUUGUGUGACUGAGCUAUCCAAAUCUGUCGUCCUCAUUGUGAAGGAUCAGACUACCGCUUACUGACCAAUAUUUUGCAGUUAUGAAGUUAUACUUUACAAUUUUGUAUUAGCAACUUUGUAGGGCAGCCAAGUAUGAUUCCUGACCGCAGCUCAGAACUGAGGCACAGAUGUUAACUUACUUAAGCAAGAAACUACUAGAAUUCUGUGGUAGAAUGGGAAACCGUUCAGUACUGUGCUGUAACCCUAAGACCAACCCUCCUCUAAAGCUGAGCCCCUGUUAAAACUAAAUAUUCCUUUUCUUUAUCAGACUGAAUUUCUUUGGCUUAUUUAGUUAGCAGCUGAAUUUCCUUCUGAAAACUUCUAAUAAUUCAGCAGUUGCUUCAGUGGAGUUUGAAAAUACUUCCUUUGCAGAUGUUGAGCAGCAACCCUGGGUCUCCAGGCAGUGAUCAGCACAAAAUGUGUCUGGGCUUUCUGAAUAAGUAAAAAAAUGCUAAUAUUUCACGAUGAAGGACAUUUUAGUCUGUAUAAAUGGGUUGGUAUGUAAAGAACAGGAAUGCUUAGCAGUGUUUGCAAUCAUGUUUGUUUAAAACAAAAAUUUUAAUAGCUGGUAGCAUUGCAUAUAGUUAAGGCUGCCUAACUCUUUCCAUUAUAAAACCAUGUUUUCAGUUGCUUAUAACUUUGCCAGUCUUCAGUUGUUCAAGCUCAAGUUUUCUAUACUCUCUCCUCCGGCUGACCAUUUUCAGUGAAAAUGGCUGUUUACAAGAAUGAGACUAGAGAAAAAUAUGUUUAGCCCAUGUUAAAAUUCUUACAACUGUUUCACAGAGAAGCAUUAGUCCUAUGCUCUGGAGAAGAGCUUGGAAUUUGGCGGGGAGUCAUUUUUGUGUCAGGGAGUUGCCUUUUGCCAUCCCUGUGAAAAUUUGCCCUAAUUUUGCCAAGCUAUAAGCCUCUGUAAAAUCUCAGUUCGUGCAUGUUCAGUAGAAGUGUGUUAAAGGCUUGGGAGCAUUAUUCUCCAGAGAUUCCAGCUGCAAUGCGCAUGUUCCAUCCCCUCAGCUUCUGUGUGCCAACCAGACUGCAUAUGCCAUUGCAAUUGAGCAUGCUCCAUCCUGGGGCUGGGCAGGACUUUUCCUGCAGUCAGGGCCAGUGCUUACUUGCAUUUAGGCGGCCUAGGCAAUCGCCUAGGGCGCCAGGAUUAUUGGUGGGUGGCGUUUUGCUGGAGGGGGUGGCAGGCGGCUCCGGUGGAGCUGCCGCAGUCAUGGCUGUGGACGGUCGGCUGCUCGCGCGGCUCUGGUGGAGCUGCCGCAGUCGUGGCUGUGGACGGUCAGCUGCUCGCGCGGCUCCGGUGGACCUCCCGCAGGCACGACUGCGGCAGCUCCACUGGAGGCGCGGGGCGGCGAAAUUGCCAUGUGCCUAGGGCGCUGUCAUGGUAUAAAUCCCCACUUUAAACCUUAGCGUCCAAAAGAUGGGGUACCAGCAUGAAUUCCUCUAAGCUCAAUUACCAGCUUAGUACCCAUAGCGCUGCCACCAACCAGGAAUUCCAGUGCCUGGUACACUCUGGUCCCCCCAAAACCUUGCCUGGGGACCCCCAAGACCCAGUCCCUCUGGAUCUUAACACAAGGAAAGUAAACCCUUUCCCUCACCGUUGCCUCUCCCAGACUUCCCCUCCCUGGGUUACCCUGGAAGAUCACUGUGAUUCAAACUCCUUGAAUCCUGAAACAGAGAGGAAAAUCCACCUUCCCCCCUCCU